ACAUGUUUCACAAUAAAAGACACGACGGCAAGUAAUGAAAUGAAAUAAAAUACUUAAUAAUUAAAGUUUACUACUCUAGCUAGCGCCCAUAAACUAGCUAAUGACUGCUAUCUGUACAGAGCUAAUAACCGAUUUUCUGCACACUUCAACUAUUCAUGUGAUCUUUAUCAUGUAUUAUUUUAUCAGUAUAUCAUUGAUUGAUCAGUUAGAUGUUUCAGGACAUGUAUAAAUACAGGGCAGUGUUAGUGGAACCCCUCAGUUUGCUCAUUUAUACACUUAAUAGGUGCGUAACCUGGAGACAAAACAGUAAACAUAUAUGUCGUCAUCAAAAUCAAAAGUUGCCAUGGAUACCGAACGCAUUUCACUGCUGAUACAGUGCAGCUUAAAAUAACAAAAUAUGAAGGAAUACAUCAAACGUGUACCCUACAUAUUCAUCAAUGCACUGAAUGCACUGAAACUGCUGGGGAUCAAGAAUUCCUUGCUCGAGUGUGGAGACCCCAAAACUCAGCAUCAGGGGUCUAAUCAGACUAAUCUGACCAAGUCAUCAUUUAGGGGCAAGAGGAAAUCUGCUCACUUGGCAGGUAAAAAUGAGCCUCAGCAAAAGAGACCAAGAAAACAGACACAAAACAAUCCUGUCCUCGCCAAUUCACCUAAAGUAGCUGUAAAUAACAACAAGCACAGUGGAUUCUGCAACAAAAAGAAGACAUACAUCAAACGUGUAUCCUACUUAAACCUUCGUACACUGAAAUUGCUGGGGAUCAAGGAGUCCUUGUUUCGGGAGCAGUUCACAGACGCCAAAGCUCAGCAUCAGGGGUCUAAUCAGACAGAUCUGUCAUCGGCUAGAGGCAAAAGGCAAGUCAAGUCAUCAUCUAGGUCCAAAAGGAAAUCUGCUCACUUGCCAGAUGAAAAUGAGCCUCAGCAGAAGAGAUCAAGAACACAGCUGACACAAGACAAUCAUGACCUCGCCGAUUCACCUAAACUAGCUGUAAACAACAACCAGCACAGUGGAUGCUUGAACGUAAAGAAGAGUGCAUACAUCAAAUGUGUAUCCAAAUCAUGCUUGUGUGUACCAAAAUUGCUGAGGACCAAGGAAAAGUCCUUGUCCCAGGAGCAGGUUGCAGACCCCAGAGCUCAGCAUCAAUGGUCUAAUCAGACAGACUUACCCAAGUCAUCAGCUAGGGGCAAAAGGAAAACAACUAACCUCUUAGAUGAAAAUGAAUGUGAGCAGAGGAACACAAGAACACAGAUUACACACGAGAAUCCUGACCUCUUAAAUUCAUCCAAACUGCCUUCUAAACAUGUUGGCACUGCAAAUUUCAAGAAUGAGUAUGAGGAGGGAGAACUGCUGGGCAAAGGAGGAUUUGGCUGUGUGUUUACUGGUAUACGCAAAGCAGAUGGAUUGCCAGUUGCAAUCAAGUAUGUCUCCAAACAGGAAUCACCUGAAGAACUGGAAAUUCCUGGACAUGGUUACCUGCCCACUGAGGUAGCUUUGAUGUCUAUUGUGAACACUGAACCAUUCUGUUCCAACAUCCUGCGGAUUCUCGAGUGGUACGAUGAUCAUGACAAAUACAUCAUGAUACUGGAACGGCCUGAACCAUGUGAGGACUUGGAUCAAUUCCGCAAAAAGCAUGGCAGCCGCUUGCCUGAGUUCAUGGCUCGUAAACUGAUGUUUCAGCUGUUAAAGGCGCUGAAGCAUUGUAAGAGCCGAGGAAUUCUUCAUCGCGACAUUAAGCCAGAAAACAUCCUAGUUCAGACAGACACUCUUAAUAUCAAGCUGUUUGACUUUGGGUGUGGAGACUUGGUCAAGGACUGUUACAACGAAUUUGCAGGCACGUUCGACUACGCUCCGCCUGAGUGGUACAAAAAGAAACAGUAUUUGGCAGACCCAGCUACUGCCUGGACUGUGGGCAUGACACUGUACAAGCUGGUGUGUGGCUCUCUGCCUUUCAAGACCAGGAAUCAAUUGAAACGUGGCUUUGUGCACUUUCCCAAAAAUAUGUCUCAAGAGUGCAGUCAUUUGAUCCGUUGGUGUUUGCGUGUCAAAGCAGAAAACCGUCCCAGCCUGGAACAGAUAGAGCAUCACCAGUGGUUUCACUUAUCAGGAUUAACAGUACAAACAGCUGGACAGGAGACGAAGACUCUGCACUGAAACAGAUCAAACAUAAAUAUAAAACAUACUAUUAGUUUCAAUAAAAUUGUAAUUUGUUAUUAAA